UGCCCUCUCUUCAGAGAUACCAAACAAAUUUUUUUUUCCAGAAAAUGAAGCAGAAGGAAACGAGGAGAUGCAUGAUGUCCAAUCAAGACUUGAACAAGUGACCAUCAAUGAUGACUCUGCAAAAUAUGAAAAUGGAGGUGAACCUCUGAAAGCUUCCACCCCAGCAGUGAAAAGGAAAACUGGGACAGGACAGCAGCCAGGUGUGAAUGUGAAUUUUGAAGCUGAAAUACUUCCUGUGACUUGUAAAGAGAACAUGGGGCUGUUAAUUAAGAGGAAAUUGGAACGAGGAGCCACAAGGAAGUGCAUAAGAAUUGAAGAUGGAAACUGGUUCACCCCUGGGGAGUUUGAAAUCAGAGGAGGCCAUGAAAAAGCAAAGAACUGGAGGAACAACCUGACCUGUGGUGGAAAAACCCUAAGACUUCUGAUGGAGCAUGGAUUCAUCCAUCCACCUCUCACUACAAAAAAGGUAAUUAUUACUUUAUACAAGUUCUCAUUACAUAACUAAUUUUAUCUGUACUGC